AUGGCGGAUGAGGAGUUGCUGUCCAAGAUCCACGGUCUCGGCGACCUGGACCUGGCAGCGUUGCUCUGCCUCAUAAACAGAGAGCAUUGCAUCAUCAGCACCGAGCCCGAAGCCCUAGAUGACUUGGUGGAAGAGCUGCAGUUGGUAGCAACGGAAACCUUUAAGCUCAGACCCGCCCUCGUCUCCCUCACCCCCGACACAACCCUCGAUGACUUCGUCGCCUCGAUCCUCCUCUCCAGCUCGACUCCGAGCUCCGGUUCACCUCUACAGACACGAACGGCGUCCGCGCAGGACUCAUACUUCAACUCCUCCCUGCACCCGUCUUCUUCCCAGCAGAGGCGCACAUCUGGACUCUCCCCGCUCUCCCAGCUGUCCGCUGCCGCCAAAACAACCACCCAGCCUUCGCCGCAGAUCGCCAACAUAAUCCUGGCUCGAGACCUCGACAAGGCCCCCAAAGUCGUCCAGAUACAGGCCCUCGAGCUGCUGCGGACCCGCCGCAUAUUCACUCGAACCAGCGUGCAGGCGGCACCGAAGCAAUUCCUAUUUGUCGCCGUCCUCGGUGCCGGCAGUGGAGGCGAGGCCCGGCUCACGGAGCACCUGAACGACUUUUUCUACCUCGCGCACUGGCACGAUCCUCUGGACGGAUUCGUGCACCUCGAAGAGCGCGAUAGGGUUAUCACAUACGACGAGGACGGAGCCGAGCCUAGGACAGAUUCCACCGACAGCGACGCCUCGGACGAGGGCACCCUGCUCUCCGAGUCGGACGUGACGACGCUCUCGCUGGCCUCGUGCUCCGUCAGCGUCGAUGUCGAGGUCCUGCGGUACCAAAUGAACCUGAUCUCGUUCCUGCGGAUGCACCGCGCGGUCGGGGGCGUGGGCUCGGUCGCGCCGCAGGCCACCAAGCACCUCGACACGCUGGUCCGCAGCAUGGCGGUGCUGCACGGCUUGGACUUCGUGACGCCCGCGCUGGUCGCCCUCGCACUGCGCAAGGUCUACCUACACCGGAUCCGGAUCGUGACGGACCCGCGCAGGGAGGAGCGCAGCAUGCAGUGGGGCAGCGAGGUCGCCGCCGUCGAGCAGCUGCUCGAGGGCGUCGGGCCGGAGGAGGUCAUGGAGGACGUCAUUGAGAUGGUGGACGUGCCGCUUUGA